GACGACCUCGCAUACCCGGCAUUGGAGGAUACCGUUGCAAUUUCCAGAGUGGUAGGAAUCGGUUGGAUUUCCCAUCUUGGUCGUCCAUUAUUUGGCGCUUGUUGGGACAAGCUGCCACAGCGACCGACUCCAACAAGAGCCAGUGACUAUGGAUUACGCGAAGCUGCUGAAUGGGUCGAUUCGACUGAGAGACGGCGAUUCAGCUGGCACCCUGGCCUGCCUCUCCACACGUUUCGCGCUGGAGUUCAACAUGGACAUCUCAGCUCGCCUUGUACCCAGGUUGAACAGCAUAUGCGACUCUGCAUCGCAGCGACUGCUGGAUUCGAGAGGUUCCUGGAUCCGAGCCGCUUCUGGCCGAGGCCGCCUACCAACUGAUGAGGGAUACGCAGAGGAACGCGGGGUACCAUCUGGCAAACCGUUCGGAUCUGAACUGUAUCGACCGUGGGCAGCGUGGCGAACUAAUUGGGGCCCUGCUGAUCAUGCAAACAUACGACGCAGCAUGGGCAGUCAGUGGUGGAAGAUGGGUGUCUGUGGUCAACUUCGUGGAAGCCUUACUUCCGGCGUCGAACCAUGAGAGGCUUCUCCAAUCCGGGCCGACAUCUUGGCCCAUGAAGGGCGGGCCCACAGAACGCGACAGCACAUUCCAGGCGAUAUUCAAGGAUUAUGGCAUGUGGUUUAACCGUGUCAUCAAGAUCGAGAGAAAGGAGGUGAUCUCAAUCGACCAUCACCAUCUCUGGGAAUUUGUUUCGCGUGGGGCGAUCAUGUUGUGUGCGACUAAUCAAGAAGUCAUCCAGGUGAAGAAUGCGCAGGAUUACAAGGUGACAUCCGUUCCGACGUUGUUUGACGCGAUGGGUCCUGUUGUCAAAUCGGCAAUAUUUUCCACUCUCGGACUUGCCUCCAUCUCUGAUUCCGACUCCGAGUCAGCUACUACGACUUCGAAUGAGCUGGAGAUCACACAGCUGGCGGAACCUGAGAAAAAGGUGGACCGGCAGCGAAAGGAGCCAAAAACGGUGGAUCCGAAGCCGGUUAUCCGAAUAGCAUUUGCUUUGGCUUCUCCAAUGCCUGCCGUAGUCUUCAGGCAACGGCCUGAGGUUCGGCACCAUUUCGACGGGUUUACCAUUUUUGAUAUUUGGUUCGCGGGUUUCUCAUGCAAGCAGAUUCAAGAAGAUGAGGCAAAUGCAGGCAUAGAGGCAAGGAAAGCCAAGGGGCUUGCAGGCGGAGGAUGGUACCAUUGGCCUUCCCAAGCUGUAGUCAUUACAUUCACCUCCCCCCCAGUGUUGAUUGACUUUUAACGCGAAGCUAUCCUCUGCUGCGCAGGCAUGUGGAAUGUAUAUCGUGCACUUGUAUUCUUGAUUCGAUCGGUGUCUAAUAGAUUAUGUACUCCUACCAUCAC